UUUCCAAGUCGGUCGGCAUUGCUGAAACUGAGUAACGAUUUGCCAUAAUAUUUUAGUGGGAAGGUCAUUUACAGUUACACGGAUCAGAGGUUGAAAGGUGAUCCGUUUGGAGAAAAUGUUCAGAUAGGAUUAUUACGGAAAGGUUUUGACGGUUUGCUCGCGAAUAGGUACCUAUCAUCUAUUCGUGAAUCUGGACUCAAAGAUGUGACGGUCAACUCAAACUUAAAAAAAAAAAAAGAAUCGUAUUAUUUGCUGUUAAGUUGGUGACUCCACAAAUAAGCUUAUUUGCUUUCUGAACUGCCGAGCAUUGAGAGGACUACACUAAAGAAUUAUAGAUAUUUAUAAGGUUUUUACAGGUAAAUCUGAAAUGUAAUCAAACUAUAGGCUGCAACUAAGUGCACUGAACUGGAUUAAGUUUUUCAGACUAAAAAUAUCGCAAGGAUUUGAAAUGAUAGACCUCUAAAUGAAAUGAAAGCUUACACGCUGCCUUAUGAUUAUAGACUAAGUACCUACAACCCGCUGGUCAAUUUUUAAACUGCACUGGUCUAGUGAUUUUUUUUCUUUCUAAAUACCAUUUUUCGGUGUAAUGUGCGCAUGCCUGGGGGGGGGGUCCCUUUCACCGCUCCCACUGGCGGGGUGGGACCAGGCGCCCCCGAUGCUGGGAGUCAGUCUGAGCCCCAGCUAGCCACAACGCCGAAGGGCAGCGACUACCAGAGCAGUACGAUGCUGAUUCUCCGCGUCAUCACGCAUUUCACUGUCUGGGCAUUAUCCCUGGCCCAGAUACCGGAGUUCAGCGAUGUGUGCACCCAGGGCAGCUGCUAUCCGGCCACAGGGGACCUGCUGAUCGGCAGGGCCCAUCAGCUCUCGGCCAGCUCCACAUGCGGACUCUUGCGACCCGAACCCUUCUGCAUCGUCAGCCAUUUGCAGGAGGAGAAGAAGUGCUUUGCGUGCGACUCGAGGGAGCUCUACGACGAGAAGGCCAACCACACCACCAGCCACAGUGUGGAGAACGUGGUGACCACCUUCGCGCCAAACCGCCUGAAGACAUGGUGGCAGUCGGAAAACGGCUUGGAGAACGUGACCAUCCAGCUGGAUCUGGAGGCUGAGUUCCACUUCACCCACCUGAUUAUGACCUUCAAGACCUUCCGGCCUGCUGCCAUGGUUAUCGAGCGCUCGGCUGACUUCGGGGAAACCUGGCAAGUGUAUCGCUACUUUGCCUACGACUGCGAGGCCUCCUUUUCGGACAUAUCCCAGGGGCCCAUGAAGAAAGUCGACGACAUCAUCUGCGACUCGCGAUAUUCUGAUAUCGAGCCCUCAACAGAGGGAGAGGUCAUAUUUCGUGUUUUGGACCCUGCCUUUAGAAUUCAAGACCCCUACAGUCCCAGAAUCCAAAACUUGCUGAAGAUCACCAACCUGCGGGUGAAGUUCACCAAGCUGCACACGCUAGGCGAUAACCUGCUGGACUCGCGGAUGGAGAUCAAGGAGAAGUACUACUACGCCGUGUACGACAUGGUGGUGCGCGGGAACUGCUUCUGCUACGGACACGCCUCUGAGUGCGCCCCCGUCAACGGGGGAGGGGAUCUCGUGGAGGGCAUGGUUCACGGGCACUGCAUGUGCAACCACAACACCAUGGGCCUGAACUGCGAGCGCUGUCAGGAUUUCUACCAUGACCUGCCCUGGAGGCCGGCCGAGGGGAGCAACACCCACGCAUGCAGGAAGUGCAACUGCAACCAGCACUCGGGCUCCUGCCAUUUCGACAUGGCCGUCUACCUGUCCACUGGCAACGUCAGCGGCGGCGUAUGUGACAACUGCCAGCACAACACAAUGGGCUAUAACUGCGAGCAGUGCAAGCCGUUUUAUUACCAGCACCCAGAGCGGGACAUCCGGGACCCCCAUGUCUGCGAGCCCUGCGACUGUGACCCUGUGGGCUCCCUUGAUGGAGGCGUCUGUGACCGGAUGACGGACAUCCAGGCCGGCCUGAUAGCAGGGCAGUGCCGCUGUAAGCCCAACGUGGAGGGCGAGCGCUGUGACCGCUGCAAGUCCAGCCACUACGGGCUGAGCGAGGACCCGCUGGGCUGUCUCCCUUGCACCUGUAACCCUCUGGGAACCGCUCCGGGGGGGAGUGCCUGUGACACGGACACAGGAAACUGUUACUGCAAGCGUCUGGCGACGGGCAGGAACUGUGACCAGUGUUUGCCACAGCACUGGGGCCUGAGCAAUGACAUGGAAGGGUGCCGUCCAUGUGAAUGCGACCAGGGAGGGGCCGUCAACAACGACUGCUCCGCUGAGACCGGCCAGUGUCAGUGUCGUGAUCACAUGUUUGGGCGUCAGUGUAACCAGGUGGAAUCCGGGUUCUACUUCAUCGCUCUGGACCACUACACCUACGAGGCUGAGGAUGCCAAGUUUGGCCCGGGAGUCACUGUGGUCCAACGACCGUAUCCCCAGGACCGGAAUCCCACCUGGACAGGCGUCGGCUUCGUCAACGUCCCUGAGGGUGCCUACCUGGAAUUCACCGUCGACAACAUCCCCCAGUCCAUGGAGUAUGACAUCCUGAUUCGCUAUGAGCCCCAGUUACCUGACCAAUGGGAGGAGGUGGUGAUGACCGUCAUCAGACCGGGGGAGAUCUCUGUAGGCAGCCGCUGCAUCAACACCGUGCCGGAAGACGAUAACCAGAUGGUGUCCCUCCCCCCUGGCUCCAGGUACGUCGUCCUGUCCAGACCCGUGUGCUUCGAGAAGGGCUUGAGCUACACUGUCCGGCUGAGUCUGUCCCUCUACUCGGCUCUGAGUGACAUCCAGUCCCCUUACACUCUCAUCGACUCGAUUGUCCUCAUGCCGCAUUGCAAGAACCUGGAGAUCUUCACUGGCGCGGAGGGUACGGACGUGGUGACCAACAGCGCCUGGGACACCUUCCAGCGCUACCGCUGCCUGGAGAACAGCCAGAGCGUGGUGAAGACGCCCAUGACAGACAUCUGCAAGAACUUCAUCUUCAGCGUGUCGGCACUUCUGAACCAGGGAGCCAAGCCCUGCCAGUGUGACCCCCAGGGCGCCCUCAGCACCGUGUGUGACCCCAACGGCGGCCAGUGCAAGUGUCGCCCCCAUGUGGUGGGAAGGAGUUGUGACAAAUGUGCCCCUGCCACCUUCCAGUUCGGCCCCAACGGCUGCAGGCCAUGUGACUGCGAUCCGUUGGGCUCUGCCAGCAAGUUCUGCCAUGUGGUGACGGGCCAGUGCCAGUGCGUACCGGGCGUAUCGGGCCGCCAGUGCGGGCACUGCCUCCCGGGACACUGGGGCUUCCCCUCCUGCCGGCCCUGUGCCUGUAACGGGCAUACGGAGCAGUGCCAUCCCCUGAGCGGCAAGUGCCUGGGCUGUCGCGAGCACACCACCGGGCACAGCUGCGAGAGUUGUUUGGCAGGUUACUAUGGCAACCCGGUCCUGGGCUCCGGGGACCACUGCCGCCCCUGCAUGUGUCCCGACGGGCCUGGUAGCGGACGCCAGUUCGCCGAGGGCUGUUACCAGAACCAGGAGUCCAGCCAAGUGCGGUGUGUCUGCCAGCCAGGGUACAAAGGUGCCAGGUGCGAUGAAUGUGCGCCUGGUCACUACGGUAACCCGCAGGAAGUUGCCGGGCAGUGCCAGUCCUGUCAGUGUAACCACAACAUUGAUGUGAUGGACCCCGGGUCAUGUGACUCUAGCUCGGGCGUCUGUCUGAAGUGCCUGUACCACACGGAGGGCGAGAGGUGCCAGCGCUGCCAACUGGGUUACUAUGGAGAUGCCCUCACCCAGAGCUGCAGGAAGUGUGUGUGUAAUCACCUGGGCACUGCCAACCACACCUGUCCUGCCAACGGGGAGUGCCACUGCGACCUGGCCAGCGGCCAGUGCCCAUGCCUCGCCAACGUAAUGGGCCAGAGCUGUGACCGGUGUGCCCCAGACACCUGGAACCUCGCCAGCGGCAGCGGGUGCGAGGACUGCGACUGCGACCUGAGUCACUCCUUCGGGACGUCCUGUAAUGAGCUGACAGGCCAGUGCCCCUGCAUGCCCGGCUUCGGAGGCAGGACCUGCCGCGAGUGCAAGGAGCUGUUCUGGGGUGACCCAGAGGAGCGCUGCAUCGCGUGUGACUGUGACCCUCGAGGCAUCGCCGAGCAGCAGUGUCACCGGGCCACGGGCCACUGCGUGUGUGUGGAGGGCGUGUCCGGCCCCCGGUGCGACACCUGUGCCCGUGGGUUCUCCGGCGAGUUCCCCGACUGCCAGCGCUGCCACGAGUGUUUCGCCGUGUGGGACCGCAUCAUCGCCGAGCUCGGCAACAGGACUCGGCUCCUGGUGGAGAGGGUGAGCGGCCUCAAAACCACGGGCAUCAUGGGACCCUACCGGGAGACCAUCCAGAACAUUGAGCAGAGCACCAGCGCCAUCCGGAGCAUCCUGGAUCAGAACCCUGCCACCCAGCCCCUGCUGGAGAUCCAGGAGCAGCUGGAACAGACCACGGGCCUGGUGACCGAGCUGCUCAGCAAGCUCAACGCUACAGAGGAGGCCCUGGCCGAGGUCUCGGCAGAGAACAACGGCACUGAUGCCAAGCUGGAAUCGCUCAGCAAGGAUGUUCAGAAGCUGGACCAGAUGGUCAGUGACCUGAAGUUCCAGGUGGAGCUGGUGAAGAACUCUGGUGUGAAGGGCGCCUUGCACAGCAUCACCAAGUACUACCAGCAGUCCCUGGACGCCGAGGCGCUCGCCAACGCCUCCACGACGGACCCAGGCAGCACCGUCGAGCAGUCCGCCGCCAUCCGCCGCGCCGCGGAGGACAGGAUGAACGGGAGCAGAGCGCAGUUCAGCAGGACACAAGAGGAGGAUGCGAGGAGGCUGGAUGACCUGGCUGUUCAGCUGGAAACCCUGGGCCUGUCCAAGCUAAGCGAGAAGACCUGUGGCAACCCAGAGGGAUCAGAGACGUGUUCGCCCUGCGGGGGCCUGGGCUGCCGGAACGGGGACGGCAGCAGGAGGUGUGGGGGCGAGGGCUGCGAGGGCCUGGUCACCGUCGCGCAUAACGCCUGGCAGAGAGCCAAGGACUUCGACAAGGAGAUCCUCGGUGCCUUGGAGGAGGUGGACAGGCUCUCCAAGAUGGUGGCAGCGGCCAAAGUGCGGGCUGACGAGGCCAAGGCCAACGCCCGCGAUGUUCUGGCAAAAAGCAAUGAGACAAAGCAUCGCGUGGACCAGAGCAAUGAGGAGCUACGGGGGUUGAUCAAGCAGAUACGUGACUUCCUGACACAAGACGGGGCGGAUGUGGAGAGCAUCGAGGCCGUGGCUAAUGAGGUCCUGGAGAUGCAGAUGCCCACGUCGCCGGCUCAGCUGCAGAACCUGACGGAGGAGAUCCGAGAGCGCGUGGGUAGCCUCUUGGAUGUGGAGAUAGUCCUCAGCCAGAGCGCCGAGGACAUCCGGCGGGCCGAGAGUCUCCUGGCGCAGGCACGCCAAGCUAGCAAAGAGGCGGCAGACAUCAAGGACACUGCGGAGAUGGUGAAGGAGGCGCUGGAGGAGGCUGCGCGGGCUCAAAAUGCGGCGAGCAAGGCCAUCGAGCAGGCUGCCACGGACAUCAGGGGAACCCAGGACCUGUUGGUUUCGGCGGAGUCCGAGACUGCAGUCUCGGAGUUCAGGCUGAACAACGCCACACAGAGGUUGAUGGCGCUGGAACGAGACAUCAGCUCGCUUAAGCAGAAGGCCGAGAACAGCUCCGCCAUCGCCGAGGCGGCUGAGAAAGCCACGCAGAACAUCAGCCAAGUAACAGAAGCGGUUCAGAAGGAACUGGACACAGAGCUGAAACCCAAGUACAGCUCCGUAGAGAGUCUCAUCACUGAGAAGGCUGGGGGCGUGGCCGAGGCCAAGAGGAGGGCGGAGCAACUUCAGCAGCAGGCCAAGGAGCUGCUGGCACAGGCCACGGACAAGCUGCAGUUACUGAAAGACUUAGAGCAGUCUUAUGAGGAUAACCAAAAGGCACUGGAGGACAAGGCCAGCCAGCUGCUGCGGCUGGAGACGUCGGUGCGCGAGCUGCUGCAGGAGAUCAGCAACAAAGUCACCAUGUACAGCACCUGCCUGUUUUAGCCGAGCUCACAAACCCUCCGAGAAUCAGACAUGCCGAGAGAAUGUGGACUUCAAAGCCAAUCUUAUAAUGCAUUUUAACCAAAGAGAAAAUUAGUGUACUAAGACUUCCAAAUUUUUUAAACUUCUGUAUCUGGAAUAUAACAACUGUGGCCAAAUUGAGUUAAGGCUGAAACCAAAAUGUGUGAAUUUUCAUUUAAAUAAAAUAAUCCCCCAAUGAAA